GUGCAUAUGGCAUCGCGUUGCUCCGCUAUACGUACAGAUUGAUUGCGCUCGGCAUUGACAUACAAAGAGCACAACGAUGAGGUUCCUCGUCGCCGAGCCACGAGAUUACGCCGGCCCUCUCCCAUCUACCCAAGGGAUUUAGACUGCGAGCCGUUGGUUCUGAGGAGAAGGUCACCGGACUGCACCAGAAACCUACAUUGACCCUCUUUAUGCUUUCCACUCUCCUCGCAGGACUGGUCUCGUAAGCUUGUGCUGGCACAUGGGCAGUUCGGAAGCGGGAGAGGAGCAGCCAUGGCGACGCCGACACCACCACAAAUUUCCAGAAGCGGCAGCCCACGACCUCGAGAAAGCGAUUUCAAGCCUCUAGUCUGUGUCGUAGACUUCAACCACCACCGCGGACCCGAAAUCGAGCAUUGGCUGGGUGCAGAAGAUGGCGUCGAUCCCGCAGUCUCGAACGACUGGGGCCUCAUACCGUACAUGGCGUUGCCGGACGGCGCUCACCAGAAUGAGGAGGAGUUCUCGUAUUUCACAUUAGUACACAAGGGGAGCACGACGGCUGAGGGGAAAGAUGUCGAGCCAACAUCUGUCUUCGGGAUAUCGUGCAUGCACCAGAUCGACUCCAGCUCCUUGACAUGGAAAAGUGAGGAAGUUACAAGAAGUGCUGUACAAAAGGCUGUUGUGGUGAUCACAGACCGACCAGAGGGAUUCAGCGCGCUCCGGGAGAAACUGAGUGCUGUGACAAGAGCGUGGUUUGCCCAGAAAGAUUUCAGAGAUCUAGACAUACUCCAGCGCUUUCAGGAGAACCUCACGGAAGAGAUCAACAGGAGCGAGGAUGAGAGAGAUCAAUACUUCGGCUUGAGCUUGCGAGAGCUCCUGCAUACCUUCAAGUGGCAGACCUUGGUCAUGCUGAAGUGCAUGCUGUUGCAGCAGAAGAUCCUAUUCUUCGGCUCCCACUGCGAGCGAGUCUGCCAGGCACAGUUCUCGUUGAUCUCCCUGAUACCGGGUUUAGUUCGCAGCCUACGCGAUUGCGCAGACCCGGCUAUGGAUCGGUAUGCGGAGACAUUGCAGAAAUCGGAUUCUGUCCGUACAAGCAAUCGAGCAUCCCUGCUUGCAUAUAUUGGUUUGCCACUGCAACUGUUCGGCAAAGGGUCUAUGUUUGGUCCAUAUACUCCUCUGCAACAGCUUGACAUGAUCACGGAUGCUAACACGCAGAGCUAUGUGGUGGGCAGCACUAACAGUCUGCUCCUGCAACAGAAAGACAAGUAUUGUGACUUACUGGUCAACUUGGACGAGGAUACGGCACAAGUGCUGAACCCGGCAUUGAAGAAUGCCUUGACAUUGACCACCGCCGAUCGAAGAUGGGUAGACUUCCUCACACAAUCGGUGAACGAAACGUGGGAUGCGUUUGAUCCAUCUCGUCCGACAACGCACGGGUACGCGGGUAGCGAGGAGUUCAUCAGACUGCAAUUUGAAGAAUAUCUGAUUGCUCUGCUGUCGGCGACAAAGUAUCAUCAGUAUAUGGCUACGCACAAAGAUGGCGAUCCGAAACUGCUUCUUGCGGAUGUCGAGGGCGACCCGGCCUCAGAAUUCUCUCUGGCGUUUGUGGAGGCAUGGGAACAAUCAGAAAACUACAAAGUCUGGAACAAAACCGCUGACAGCCAACUCUUCGACAUUGUCGAACCUCGUCAUCCAAUGGCAGGUGGUCUGACAAUAGAGGAUGUACAACGCCGCCUCGCUGUGCAAAUAUCUGAAUUGCACCUCGACGAACGCUUCAGCCAGACAAGAGAAGUGGUUGGCAAACGCUUGGCAGACGGCAGGACGCAUGUAACGAGCGCAUUCAAUCGCGUCUGGGCUGACAUUGAGGCCAUGCGAGAAGCGCAACGAAAACGAACCGAGGAUGCCAGAGCUGCUGCCGCAGCUGCAAAUCCCCAAGAUGGCGACCCAAGCAAAACUGAUCGUCCGGAUGCGCAAAAGGCACAAGCUAGCGUAGCUGCCGCAAGCCAGCGGGCAGGCGCAUAUCUUAGCUCAUGGGGAACGUGGGCAGCCGAGAAGAAGAAGUCAUGGUAUGCGCAACGCAGCACAAGUGGUAAUCAGGAAGCGGCGGCGGCGAACACUGCUGCACCAGCGAAAGAGGCGCCGGCGCCAUCGUCCUAUGCGAUCAGAAACUCGAUGCCCUCCGGAGGCCUUCGUGAAUUGAAGCUCAAUCGCUCAAACACGGGCGACGAAAAGAUCUCAUCUCCUCCGAGGAACCGACCACGAGUAACGACUGUGAGCGAACUGUCUGUUAAUGGUACGGCGAAGGCCGAGAAGCCAGUGUCAUCGGAGUGACCUGUAUAUACAUAGUUUGUCGCUCGUACGAAUUGAGCAGGAUCUCACUAAUGUGCAGUGGGCGGCAUUCUGGAGCGUUUUGGAACAUACAGCAUCAGCACAGCUUGCAACGGAACAAUCGACCACAUUAGUCAAUGCGCACGCGAGCAGGUUGAGUACUAUUGUGCUGGAGAUGUGUUUGUAGCAGAGCCAAAACGCAUAUCCUCGACUCCAUGCUGAUCUGGGGGGUUGCCCCGUGGGCUUGAACUGGUCAUCAAUAUGUUCAUAUUGUUGAUCUACGUGAUCUUCACGGCUCAGAAGGCAUGUCCGAGGUCCUGUGCUGGGAUUUAGAUUGCUUGUGAGUGCAAGGGUGUGCAGUUCACGCCAAGAAGCAUCUUAUGCUGGCCCGACUGGCUUCCGCCUUCACAUCCACUACAUCAACUUCAACAUCUCCCCAUCUCACGGCGGCGAACAUGCCAUCGAUGCAAGACAAGCAAGACUUGUCCCAACUGCAUCAUGAGAGGCGGCGAUGCCAACAGCAAACCUUGCACGCCUUCCGCCAUUCACCCCUGCCGCCACAUGGGUACUUUGUCACAAGCACGUGUCGCGUACUGUGAACGAGAGAAAUGAAGUGAAGCGGGAAGCCUUCCUCGUGACGGCGCAUUUGUGGCGGCACUUUUUGCGCGUUUCGGCGUCUGUUGUAGCACACUCUCCAACACCGACC